UAUACAUAUAUAUAUAUAUAUACACUCUUUGGAACCAACCACUGUUGAACAAUUACACAACCCAUCUUCUUCUUCUCCUUCCUCUUCCUCUUCUUCUUCUCCUUCUUCUUCUGAGCAAUCUUCUUCGGAACUUAUCGACAUGGAGGAAGACUCGAAGCAGCAGCAUGCCGAAGAAGAAGAAGCAGCAGCAGCUGCUCAUAGCAAUGGAGAAGCAGUAGGAGCAGACAAAGAAGAAGAAGAAGGAAGAGACCCGGAGAGCAAUUCACUGCACGAACCACUCCUCAAGAGGCACAGAACGCUCUCGGCGAGCCCGCUGGCAUUGGUCGGGGCCAAAGUCUCCCACAUUGAGAGCUUGGAUUACGAGAUAAAUGAGAAUGUUCUGUUCAAGCAUGACUGGAGGAGUAGAUCCAAAGCUCAAGUGCUUCAGUACAUUUUCCUGAAGUGGUCUCUGGCUUGCUUGGUGGGCCUCCUCACUGGAAUAAUUGCCACUACCAUCAAUCUGGCAAUCGAGAACAUCGCAGGCUAUAAGCUUCUCGCAGCGGUUUACUUCAUUGAGAAAGAAAGAUACAUCACGGGCUUUAUUCUAUUUGCUGGGGUUAACUUUGUUUUGACACUAAUGGCUGCUCUGCUCUGCGUUUUCUUCGCCCCGACCGCUGCAGGGCCUGGCAUACCCGAAAUUAAAGCCUACCUCAAUGGUGUUGAUACUCCCAACAUGUUCGGUGCAUCAACACUGAUUGUGAAGAUCAUUGGAAGCAUCGGGGCUGUCUCGGCGGGUCUAGACCUCGGGAAAGAGGGCCCACUGGUCCACAUAGGGGCCUGUAUCUCGUCCUUGCUGGGCCAGGGCGGAACCGACAAUUACCGGCUUCGCUGGCGGUGGCUUCGCUACUUCAACAAUGACAGAGACAGGAGAGACCUGAUCACAUGUGGUGCCUCCGCAGGGGUGUGUGCGGCCUUCCGAGCCCCGGUGGGAGGGGUUCUCUUCUCCCUGGAGGAGGUGGCCACGUGGUGGCGAAGCGCUCUCCUGUGGAGAACCUUCUUCAGCACUGCCAUGGUUGUAGUAGUGCUUAGGGCCUUCAUCGAGUACUGCAGCACAAGGAAUUGCGGCCUGUUUGGGCAGGGCGGGCUCAUCAUGUUCGAUGUAAGCAACGUCACGGUGAAGUACAAAGUGAUGGAUGCUAUUCCAGUAAUUGUGAUUGGCGUCAUCGGUGGACUGCUGGGAAGCCUUUACAAUCAUCUCCUCCACAAAGUCCUAAGACUAUAUAAUCUGAUUAAUCAGAAGGGGAAGAUGCAUAAAGUUCUGCUGGCCCUGACAGUCUCAUUGUUCACCUCAGUCUGCCUCUACGGCCUUCCCUUCCUAGCUAAGUGCACAAAGUGCGACCCAUCCUCAGCAUCUGUCUGCCCGACCAACAGCCGUUCAGGCAACUUCAAGCAGUUCAACUGUCCUGAUGGGUAUUACAAUGACCUCGCGACCCUCCUCACCACCACAAAUGAUGAUGCUGUUCGGAACAUUUUCUCCACCAACCACCCUAGCGAGUACCACACAACCUCUCUUUUGAUCUUCUUUGUUUUAUACUGUAUAUUGGGGCUCUUCACCUUUGGGAUUGCUGUUCCCUCGGGGCUCUUCCUUCCCAUCAUUCUCAUGGGAUCUGCUUACGGCCGCUUGCUUGGGAUGGCCAUGGGAUCAUAUACGAGCAUUGAUGAAGGCCUGUAUGCCGUCCUUGGAGCAGCUUCCCUUAUGUCAGGGUCUAUGAGGAUGACAGUCUCACUCUGCGUGAUAUUCCUUGAGCUCACCAACAACCUUCUUUUACUCCCAAUAACAAUGCUUGUCAUACUAAUAGCCAAAAGCGUCGGUGAUUGCAUAAACCCGAGCAUCUACGAGAUCAUACUCGAACUAAAGGGAUUGCCAUUCCUGGAUGCGCAUCCUGAACCUUGGAUGAGAAAUCUCACAGUUGGAGAGCUUGCCGAAGCUAAGCCUUCACUAGUCACCCUCUGUGGUAUUGAGAAGGUGAGCUGGAUAGUGGAUGUCCUGAGAAACACAACACACAACGGAUUUCCUGUAGUCGACGAAGAGAUUGUCCCUCCAGUAGGAUAUGCCGCAGGGGCGAGAGAGCUACACGGGCUGAUCCUGAGGGCUCACCUGUUGCAAGUGCUCAAUAAGAAGUGGUUCCUGCCAGAAAAGAGGAGGAGGGAUGAGUGGGAAGUGAGAGAAAACUUCUCAUGGAUCGAUUUUGCUGAGCGAGAAGGGAAGAUUGAGGAAGUGGCCGUGACGAGGGAGGAGAUGGAGAUGUAUGUGGACUUGCAUCCUUUCACCAAUACAACCCCUUACACGGUGGUGGAGAGCAUGUCAGUGGCAAAGGCAAUGGUGCUCUUCAGACAGGUUGGGCUACGACAUAUGUUGAUCGUACCCAAGUACCAAGCAGCAGGGGCGUCUCCAGUGGUUGGCAUUUUGACGAGGCAGGACUUGAGGGCCUACAACAUCUUGAUGGCGUUUCCCCAUCUGGAGAAAUCUAAGGGCAGGGGACAUGGGAACUGAGUAUAUAAGUUACAUAUCGGCGACUAGCAUAUUGCAGAUACUAUCUCUGCAACAGUUUUCACGAAUUUGCAUUCUUUCAUAAGAUUUUCAAGAGAGACAGAUAACAGUGCCAAAGAGUACCACAUUAAUGGCAUAAAGAAAAGAGAGUGUACCACAGGGAUGAGAAAAUCUACCGUUCAUUUAUUUCUUUUUACAAAGGGAAUCCUCUCUUCCACCUGCUACAUUGAAUUUAAUCAGCAAUAAGAUUGAUUGAAUCAAUCAUCUUCUUUGAAACAAUCAAUAUGCUCGUUUUUCGACAGGGGGGAUCUCUUCUUUGAAUAUACUGGAGAAGAUAAAUAAAGAAAAUCCUGAUUUUUGCAAA